GCUUGUUUCUAGUUGGACCGCACAGGGCGAUGAACUGCGAGCGCUUUAAAUGAAGGAAGUGACGUGCGAAGAAAGUGGUCUAUCGCCUGGCUAAUAUACGUACACCCGCUCCACGUCUCCCCGCUGCCGGUGACUCUGCUUUGGAAGAUGGCUGCGGUGGAGCGUCCGCAAGCCACGGAGGGAGCCCGGAUUGCGAUGUUGUGUGUCUGUUGGUAUACUGUCAGCUCAGGGGGUAACGUCAUCAACAAAAUAAUACUGAACGGAUUCCCCUAUCCGGUCACAGUGUCUCUCUUUCACAUAUUUUCUAUUGUUUUAUUCCUUCCGCCUUUAUUACGUGCUUGGGGAGUACCCAAAACUGAACUGUCUGGGAGAUACUACCGAUGGUAUAUUCUCCCUUUAGCUUUUGGAAAAUACUUCGCGUCUGUGUCGGCUCACUUCAGUAUAUGGAAGGUACCGGUUUCAUACGCUCACACAGUGAAGGCCACGAUGCCGAUUUGGGUGGUGCUGCUGUCGCGCAUCAUCAUGAAGGAGAAGCAGACGACCAAGGUGUAUGUGUCUCUGAUCCCCAUCAUUGGGGGAGUUCUCCUCGCCACGGUAACGGAGUUGUCGUUUGACUUGUCGGGUCUGAUCAGUGCCCUCAUGGCAACGCUCUGCUUCUCCUUGCAGAACAUCUUCUCCAAGAAGGUGUUGCGGGACACGCGGAUGCAUCACCUUCGCCUCCUCAGCGUGCUCGGCUUCAACGCCGUCAUCUUCAUGCUCCCCACCUGGGUGCUGGUGGACCUGUCCUCCUUCCUGCUGCAGGAGGACCUGAGUGACGUGUCCGGCUGGUCUGGGACCUUCCUGCUGCUGCUGGUCAGCGGGUUCUGUAACUUCGCGCAGAACGUGAUUGCGUUCAGCGUCCUGAGCCUGGUGAGCCCGCUCAGCUACGCCGUGGCCAACGCCACCAAGAGGAUCAUGGUCAUCAGCAUCUCCCUGCUGAUGCUGCGCAACCCCGUCAACUCCAGCAACCUCCUGGGCAUGCUCACCGCCAUCGUGGGCGUGUUCCUGUACAACAAGGCGAAAUACGACUCCAGCAGGGAGGCCAAAAAGAGGCCGCUGCCCUUCUCCCAGCAGGAUGUGGUGACCUUUGACCCUGCAGCCCUGGGUUUGGAGAAAGUGGCGCCCCACAACGGGGCGGGCCCCUUCCCCCUGGGCCCCGGCCUGGAGCGGGCCGGCCUGGAGCGGACCAACCACCUCCAGUACGGCCGCGGGCCCUUCCUGAGCACACACACAAACGCUCAGUACAACGUGUAGGAGCUGCGUGAGUGUGUGUGUGUGAAUGUGUGUGUGCACGCUCAGUACGACGUGUAGGAGCUGAGUGUGUGUGUGUGAAUGUGUGUGUGCACGCUCAGUACAAUGUGUAGGAGCUGUGUGAGUGUGUGUGUGCACG